AUGGGUAAUAUUGUCAUAAUGAGAUGUCCGAUGGGAGAUUCGGCAUAACUCUCCUUGUUCAAGCUUCAAUUGCAUCAUUGCAUGUUCCAACUUCCAAUUCCAACUAAGAAAGACCGUCAACACUUGGGCCGGAGUCGUAUCUGGGAAAGAGUUACUGCACAGUCAGCAGCGAGCAUCUGGAUUCUGGAAUUCGAUCAAAACAGGAUCAACAGUCGGCAACAUGAUUCGGAAAGCACGUUCCGCAGUCAAAGACUUUGUUCGGCCAGUACGUCGCGCAGUCAUACGUCUGGCUUUAGUAGCUGUAGGGAAGUGGGAACGGGCAUUUGUGAUAUCCUGCAUUGCAGUUGCACUGGAUCCUUUGUUUCUUUACAUUCUGGUAGUCGAUGAGAAGAACAAGUGUCUUGCCAUGGACAAGACGUUGACAACUACAGUUCUUGUCUUUCGAUCACUCACGGAUUUCCUUUUGCUUACCCAUCUCAUUGUUUUCAUCUUUGGUACGGUAGACACAGAUUUCGCUCCUCGAGAAGCUGCCAUAAGCAAACCUGGCUACGACCAGGACUUCGACUCCGACAUGGAAAAUGACUCCCACUACAACUGGUUCUAUGUCAUUUCUCUCAUUAAGUGUCUCGCUAUUCUUCCCAUUCCACACGUGGCAAUUCUGGUGGGCUUUUUCAGACUGAAGGGCACUGAAUCCCAAUUUCUAAGAAAAUUCUUGAACAUUUCUCUUUUUCUCCAAUACUUGCCGAGAAUUGGUCAAAUGCACCUAUCUAGGAAUAAAUUCAGCAUGGCCGGAAAAUGGGCUAAAUUCACUAAACCAGCAUUCAAUUUCUUUCUGUACAUCGUCGCUGGUCAUACACUAGGCGCCAUAUGGUACUUUAUCGCUAUUGAUCGGGAAACAUCAUGUUGGCAUCAGACAUGCAGAAAGACUCCAGGAUGUGAAGCUAUUGCUUAUAAGUGCGGUGACAGUAUUACAAACAAUGUGACACUCUUGAAUCAGUUAUGCCCCGUUAAUCCCCCUAAUUCCACUCUAUUUCAUUUUGGAAUGUUCGCCGAGAUCCUCGAAUCCGGUAACACAGGAGCAAUAGAUUUUCCAACAAAGCUCUUCUAUACUUUAUGGUGGGGCAUAAAAAAUCUAAGUAAUUUUGGCACAAAUCUCGAGACAAGCAGCUACCUAUGGGAAAAUUGUUUUGCAAUUCUGAUCUGUCUUGUUGGUUUGCUACUAUUUCUUUAUUUAAUUGGAAAUGCGCAGAUGUAUAUGCAGUUGGAUACUGAGUCCUCACUACGUCACGAGGAACGGAAACACAAUCAGAUAUCGGAUAACAAGAAAAAAAUCAUGCAAUGGAUGAAAAAUGCAAACUUCCCUAAUGAGGAGAGGAAAAAGUUCAAGAUGGCCCUAAUAGAGCAUAAAGUUAUGGACAAGAAGCUAGUUGAUGUGGAUGUGAGUUGUUUCGGAAAAGAUCCUUUCCCUACGCUUUCCAACUAUUCCACGCUUAUAAUGCAAGAUUGUAUGUUGGAUUCUCUCGGAAUAACUCAACUAAAAAAGUUACCCCAACUUAAAGAUAUGAAGCUGGACGAUUCCCAGUUGAGACGCUUGUGCCGCUUAAUGAGGCCAGAGGUGUACCAGCCCAAUGGCCUCGUUCUUGGAAAGCCUCAGGUUGUUGAUCAGCUUUUCUUCGUCAUAGACGGCGAAAUGGUGAUCAACGGGGAAGAAAAAACGUUUGUGAGGAAAGCGGGAUACUACGGGUAUAACAUUCCAGACUGGGCGGUUCGUAAUGCAAGGAGGUCUUAUUAUGAGCAUAAUCAGUUUGGUACUUCACAUGUUAGAGCCAGUACUGCACAAAAACUAGAAGUACUUACUCUCCGGGCGUGGGACCUUCUAGAGUUUCUGGAAAGCGAGGACAUUAAGCCUAACGUUGCAUCCGGCACAACUAUUCAGACACAUCAACAGGACCAACCUCUUCCUGCUGCUGAUGUAUUAAGAUGGCGAUGUCCUGACACUGGCUGGUUGAAACUCAAUUGUACCGCAUUCUGGGAUCCUAAUAAUAAGCAUGGAUGGCUUGCAACUCAGGGCUAUGUUUUGAGAAGUGAUACAGGUACUUUCAUAAUGGCUGGUAGUAUAGGACCUAAUAGGUUCCUGGACAGGUUUCAUGCUGGAGCUCAGUGUAUAUAUAAGGCACUCAACGCAAUAAUGCAAAAUCUUCCUCCACGUUUGCGUGCUACUCCAAUAUUUGUGGAGUCCGACGACAAGCUCCUCAUUGAUUGGAUCAUGAAGCUGAUGAAAGGGCCUUUGGAUAUAAGAUACCAACUCCGUUUGAUCGUUCACUCCAUCAUCCGUGAUUGUGUUGAUAUGUUCCCACCUCCUAACGAAAUCCGUUACAGUCAUUGUCAGCCUCAAAGUAAUUCAGUGGCAUUUGACCUAGCACGACUUGCCUUCCGUGCCCAUAAUGGUGCUCAUAACAUCUGGAAUGCGCUUACAGAUUUACCUGUUGAAAUAGUUAAUGCCCUGAACAAGGAUAUGCAGCAAAUAGGUACAAACGGUGAGUCGACUUCAGCUCAUGCUGCUGAAUAUCAGGCAACUACUGAUGAUACUGCUGAUGACUCUGAUCAUGUUGGCGCUGCUGAUGAUAUCUUUAGUAGAACGAUCCUUGAGUCUGGGCUGGUAUAAAAAAUUAUUUACCAGUUAAAGCCUCUCUGUUUUUUUUUUGGUCGAAAUUUUACCAGUUAAACCACUUUAUCUUUGUGUGUUGUACUCUAUUUAAAAUAAUCGUGUCGAGAGUUCCUUCAUCUAA